AGGCUUCUAAAACUCAUAUAGAGCAUACUAAAACCAGUCAAAACACAUUCAACUCGCGCCAGACAAAGCAACAAAAACAACAUUCCAGUGUGGACGCAUUUUGUUCCUGGAGUCAUCAAUUUUUCGCCAAGCAUUUUUGCAAGUUCUAUGAAUUAAUUCCAGUGCGCUUUGCCUUUCAGUUUUGUGCCAAAAAGAUGCCAUCAGUCGAACCAUCCGGAAUUCCCAACGGGGACCAACAUGACCAGCAAGCCUUAGAACCCCACCAACAGCAGCAGAACCCGGAUGUGACCGCACAGCCGAACGGAACGGCCCCAAUGGAGGACGUUGAACCGGAUCCAGAUCGUCACCUGAUCCCAGCGGAUCGUAUUGAGCACGUGGAGGAUGCAGAAGCCCCCAUUGACCUGCCAACGGUGCGCGAAUUCACCCAGAACGACAAGAUCAACAAGUUUCUGCUGAACUCGUUCCUGCAGCGAUUGAACGAUACCGAUCUCGAUCAGUUCAACCGGGGGAACGAUGCCAACGGCGAUCUGGACCAGGAUCAGGACUUUGAGGCGUGAGGCGUGGUUGGGCUUUUUGUUUGCGUUAUUAGGCUGUUAAGUUUGUCUAAAUCCGGUUAGAAUGAUAGACGAAGAAUUUUCCUCCCCGAAUUGGCACUAAUGUCAUUUGCGCAGUAUUUUGAAUGUACCCUAAGCGUGUGCGGAAAAUGGUUGGUAAAAUAAACGAACGAUGAAUCGGAGUUUUAAA